AUGUAUAACUAUAGAUAUCACAUAGUGCAGGGUUUUUUCAUGUUACUUUCUUUAGUAUAUGCUCAAGAAUGUAACAUUACAGUUCAUGAACAUUUAUCAGAACAAACGAAGAUAGCUGACUGUAGUAGGAGAGGUUUUAGCGAAGUUCCAAAGACACUUCCACGUGAUGUCACCGUUUUGAAUCUUAAGGGAAACAAACUUCGUGAUAUCAGUAAUUUUUCUUUUGAAAAUUACAGUUUAUUAAGCAAUGUAUCAUUGGCUGAAAACAAACUUCACAUUAUUGAGGAACAUGCAUUCUAUGGAUUAAGCCGAUUGAAGUAUUUGAAUAUGUCUGACAACAUUCUGAACUUAAAACAUGUCUAUACACCAGAAAUGCUUAUGCCGUUGCAAAAUUUGACUAAUCUGGACAUACGGCGAAAUAUUCAUAAUGAACCGAAUGCGGAUUUUUACCACUAUCCUGACCAAGCCUUUGCCGUUUUAAAAAAGCUAGAAUACUUAGCAUUAGAUAUGGCUCCAAAUCCUUUUUUUGGAAUAGGAUUUCAAGGGCUAAAAAACCUGAAAUCAUUAACAUUUGAAUUCUGUUUUUUAAAAUAUCUACGAGGAUAUACAUUCGAAAACUUUUCAUCGAGUCUAGACGAACUAAAACUGACUAGAUGUCAUUUUAAUUUUUUGGAAGUGGAAAACAAUACUCUUUCUCCUUUUCCUCAUAUUACCAAGAUACAUUUUCAAGAGUCAUGCAUGCAUCUGAAACAGGCUCUUAACAUGCUGUCACCAUAUAGUGGCAAGACUAUUGAAAUAAUGAAUUUUCGGGGUCUCAACUGUCCUAUCUUCAAUAAUAAUGAAUAUCCGUUUGCGUUAACUGUCACACAAGACAUGAUGAGGUAUUUGAAAACUGUUUGUGUAGAAACUUUAGAUUUAUCCGACAACGGAAUUGUUGAUUUUGAUGAAAACUCGCUAUUGUCAUUUGAUCGACCAGAAUGUUUAAAACAUUUAUACUUUAAAGGAAACCGGUUUGCGUUUGCUUAUGGAAGACAAUUGGACGAGGUAAAGACAUUUUUUAACAAAUCUGUUGCAUUGAAAACAUUUGACUAUUCUUUUAUUCCCGUUCGAUAUAAGCUAUAUGCAAAUGAUUUACGUUUUCACGCACCAGAUUAUCAUUUUUCUAACAAUAUAAUAUACUUACCACGUUCUUUAGAAAAAUUAGUUUUGGGCAAUGUACUAUGUGAUGAUAUUUCUAGAAUAUUUUUUAUACGUCGAGGAAGCAAUUUGACUUACCUCGAUGUGUCGUUUAGUUAUACAAAUUUUGCUGUAAUUUUUGAAGGAAACGCUACAUACAAAACUGAAACUUUAGUCUUAGAUGGUCAUUAUCACAUAACGUUGUACACAAUAGAGCUAGUUAGUUUCAUAAAUGUAAAAACUUUAUUCUGGAGAAGUGCUAAGUUGUUUUAUAUUAUGCAUGCUCGUUCAGAUGACAUGUUUCUUAAAAGAUUUAUAGCACUUUUUAGAAAAUUUGAAUAUCUCGAACAUUUAGAUAUGUCAGAUAAUGAGCUUUUUAUUUUACCAGAAAAUCUGCUUAUUAAUAUUGAUCAUAUAUCAGAAUUAUCUUUGUCUAAGAAUUUAUUUCAGUCCAUUCCAAGUGAGAUAAUUUCUCAAAAUAAUAUUAAAGUCCUAGAUCUUAGUAAAAACUUAUUACCAACAGUAGAUUAUGAAACACGUGUUUGGGCGGAUUCAAUGAAUAAAAAACAUGGUUUUUAUUUUCUUCUUGAUGACAAUGCAUUUGAAUGUAACUGUGAUAAUUUGGAUUUUAUCGAUUGGGUUAAAAAAACCAAAGUACAUCUUGACAACAGAUUAUACAAUUGUACACUUUUGAACGGCACAGUCAUAACCGUACUCGAAGCAUAUGAAAACAUGCAUGAUUUGUUUUCCCACUGUAGAAAUUCAGUAUGGCUGAUGAUCUCUUCCACUUUGUUAGGAACAAGUUGUAUGAUGACUGUGAUACUUUUAUUAUACAGUAGACGAUGGAACAUAGCUAUAUUUUUUUACCGCAUAUUUCGAAAAAUUGUUGAAAAGAAAUAUCGUAAAAAAUACACAUAUGACGUUUUCGUUUCAUAUGGAGGGGAUUGCAUACCUUGGAUAAAAGAAUACUUUAUUCCAAAACUAGAAGACGAAUGGAAACUUAAGAUAUGCUUAAAAGAUCGCGACUUUUACGGCGGAACGUCAUUUUAUGAUGCAGAGGCAGAAAGCAUAGAAAACAGUAGACAUGUUAUAUUUUUACUUACUCCAAUAUUUAAAGUCUCGCAAGACUGUCUUUUUGAAAUUGAUAGAGUGAAACAUGAAAUAAGUAUGCAGAACAUUGAAAAUAUUAUAGUCAUAUCUAAAGACAUCACUUUAAAAGAUAUUCCUGAAGGACUUACUCAUAUUUGGAACUAUGUUUUAUUUAUCCAGUGGCCAGAAGACUGCAAUGAUCAUGACUUCACAUGGUUAAAAUUGAGAAAGUGGAUGUUCAGUGAUUAUCUAUAUUAGAAUGAAUGAAGCGAAAUUAAUGCAGUGCAAACGCCAGGUGUCUUCUAAUAAGAAAAUAACACUUUAUAAAGAUUAUGCGUCCGAAACGAUUUUCUGAUUUCACCUUUAUCGGGAACGCUCAAAGCCACAAAUCUUAAAGCCAAUGGUGUAUAAGUAUCAAAACACACGAAGAGUUUUGUUAACCAAAUCCAUCUCCAUCUAAGGUCAAUUUUGGCUCAGGGAGUUGGAACUUUAGCUAUCACAGUGGUUCAGCUAGGCACCGGUCACAGAACAUUUGCCAAUCUUUCUCUUUAUGUGUUGAUAUUGAUAAUUUUAGUAAUUUUUUUAAAUGUCCUGAUGAAAUUAGUAUAAUAAAACUAUAUUGAUUUGAAGUUAUAAAGUUUUUAUGAACUACUGUUAUCAAGAGACAAGGAUGAAUUUAUGUUAUAAAUAUACCUCGGUUAGAUACAAAAAAGGACAACCCUCUUUUGAAAAUAUCAAAAUAAUCAAGUCUUUGAUUUAUUAAUAAAAUUAACAAAAUUUUUAAAAGAUUGAAAAUUCUAACAUUUUUGCAAUUGCAGCGGUCAAAUAAUUUCUUUUCUCCUUUUGUUAUUAAUAACCGAAAAUAAAAUGUAUUUUAUCCUUAUAUUGUCCCAUCACAACACACCAAUUUAUUAAAAUCAACUUGUUAGGGAAAAAAACGCAUGCCUUGUACACAACAGGUGUGUCUUUAAUCACUUUCAUCAGGGUCGCUCGUAGUGUAAAAGUGUAAUGUGAAGAACUUAAAACCAUGACAUAAACAACCAAAUACAACUUGCCUUGUUUAUAAAAACGCAAUAAUAUUUGUAUCAAUAUACAGGUAAUAAACUAAAUGCCCUUCCAUUUCCAAAGAACCUUUAGCUGGUGCUCUAUGAUGAAGUUUGUAUUGCCAAAUAAACGCGUGCGUUUACCAAAAUCAAGUUAAUGCAUUGAAAUAAAAAUUUCGUAUAUCUACUAAAGUUAGCGCCCGUAUACCCUGUGUUCUUUUAGUCAGUAAAGAAUAUGAUCGUUUUCAAGUAGAUGUCAGAUGUAAAAUGUUUACAGAGCACUUGAAACAAAGGCAAUUUCACUUUUAAUGCUAAAUUUGUGUGAACAUUAUACAUAAACUAUAUGUUUAUUUAAAAGUUCCCUCUAUAUUAAUAAUCUACUUAAGUUAGCGCCCCGUUUAUUUUGUGUUUGUUUAGUCAGUAUAGAAUAUGAUCGUUUUCAAGUAGAUGUCCGAUGUAGAAUGUUUACAGAGCACUUGAAACAUUUCACUAUUAUCGCCAACUUUUUGUGAAUAUUAUACAUAAACUAUAUUUUCAUUUAAA